AUGCCAAAGGACUCGAGCAAAGCGCCGGAAUACGGCAGCCACUAUGGCCCCAUCGAAAACCGCAAAUGUCGCGACGUUCUGUUUCUGCUGCUCUACCUGAUAUUCUGGGCGGCGAUGCUGUUUGUUGCCAGCAUUGGCUUUGAAACCGGGGACCCAAGGAGACUGCUGAUUCCCACGGACUAUCUGGGCCAGCAGUGCGGCGUCAACAACACCGUGCUCCAUUCCAACCUGACGGACUUCACCACCAAGCCCUACGCGUACUUUCUCAAUCCCUUCGACCCCUUCAGCUACCCGGCCGUGUGCGUGAGCCAGUGCCCAUCGUCGUCGCAGGCCUUCUGGGCAUCCACCCCGAGCACCGUCAUCUGCCGAUACGGAUAUCCGCAGCCCCAGGACGAAAACCACAUCAUCGACGCCUACCUGAACCAAAGCUGCGCUGCGUUCUUGUACUCGGGCGGCCCAGUCUUGGGCCGCUGUCUGCCCAACUUUGCGGUGAAUGCCUCGGCCAUCUCCCAACUCAACCUGCCGAACGUAACCGUCUCCGGGACGACCAUCAGCAUGAGCAGCCUCUUGGCCAACGGCAAGGAUACGCUGAGCCAGGUGAUGAGCGACAUUGUCAACUCCUGGCCGUGGCUCGUCGGCGGCGUCGUCGUGUCUGUUUUGGUGGCGUUUUUGUGGGUCUGGUUGAUGCGAUGGCUCGCCGGGAUCUUUGUAUGGAUCUCAAUCUUUGUUGCCAACGCCAUCUUCAUUGGCGGCGCCAUCUGGCUGUACUUUUACUGGCAAGGUCGCCUCACCAGCUACAACAGCCUGUCGCCCGCCAAUCAGCUUCAGAUCCUGGACUGGGAGGUCAAGGGAUCAGAGGCGGCCUUUAUCGUCGUUGCCGUCAUUGCCGGCAUCUUGCUGCUGGUUACGCUGGCCCUGUGGAAGCGCAUCGAUAUAGCCGUGGGAAUCAUCAAAGAGACAUCGCAUGCAAUCCAGCGCAUGCCCAUGAUCGUCUUCUAUCCGCUGGUUAUGUGGGUCGUCUGGCUGGUGCUACUCGCCUACUUCAUCAUCGUCAUGCUCUACUUGGCGUCGCCAACCUCGGUGGUUGUCAUUACCCAGUUUGGACUCAACCUGCAGAAUCCGCAGAUGACUACCUAUCUCGAGUGGUUUCACCUGUUUGGGUUCUUCUGGACAUGGUCGUUCAUGGCGGGCUUCCAGAUCCUCUCCCUGGCCGGCGCUUUUGCCACAUACUAUUGGACCCUCGACAAGAAGACCCUCACAAGCAUCCCGCUGCUCAAGUCGAUUUACCGGACGCUGCGCUACCACAUGGGCAGCAUUGCCAUCGGCUCGUUGCUCAUCGCCUUGGUGCAAAUUCUCCGCUGCCUUACCUUCUACCUCCAAAAGACCGCCAAGACUGCCCACAACCAGGCGGCGAACUACAUCCUGGCCUGCUUGCAGUGCGUCCUGCUGACCAUUCAAAAGAUCCUCCAGUUCAUCAACAAGCGCGCCUACAUCCACAUUGCCGUCUGGGGCGACUCCUUCUGCAAGGCCGCGGGCAGCGCUAUGGGACUGCUGAUCCGAAACGCCCUCCGGACCGCAGCGAUUGGCUUCGUGACAGAGUUUGUUCUCUUCCUCAGCGCCGCGGCCGUCUCGGUUGGGACCGGGUUCCUGGCCUACGUGGUGCUGAGCUGGCAGUCGGCCAACAUCCAUGUGAACUUUCUGCUGACCCCCGUCAUCUUUAUCGGUGUCGAGGCUCUUGUCGUGGCGCUGCUGUUCCUGUCGGUCUACAGCACAGGCAUCACCACCAUCUUCAUGUGCUUCCUGGAGGACGCCGAGCGCAAUGACGGCACCCCGGAGCGACCCUACUACAUGAGCUCGGAAUUGAAGAGGAUCACGGGCCAUAAAAACAAGGGACCGUCGCAAGACCACACCGGCAUCAUGAAGAUGGUCGGCGACAAGAAGAUCUAG